UAUGCCAAGGCAGAGCUAGUAUACUGUACAUGACUCGAUGCAAUCCCACCUUGGGUUGCGUAUAGAAGAACUGCUGCGCAGGCCGCACUGAGAAUGCUACCAUUCUCACAUACCUGUCCCUUAAACCCUAAUUCGACCUUACUUCUCACCAUGAAAUCUACUUCUGACCCAUCUUCCAAAACCCCAUAUCUUCCUUCUUCUCUAAUCCAAAGAUUUCCAACUCCAAUUCUCUGUUCUUCCCUCAAGGCCUCACAAUUUCCAAGUGCUACUCUGCGACCCAUAAUGAAAACCCCAUUCCCAUUUCGAACGGAGACGAAUCGAGAAUUACAGAGCUCGAAGGAGAUGUCUCCAGCCCACGAUCUCACCUCGUGGUGGUCUCCUUCUAUAAGUUCGCUGAUUUUCCCGAUCAUGCCGAUAUUCGAAAACCAUUAAAGGAGCUCUGUGAGCGAUUGCGUGUUUCAGGUGGUAUUAUUCUUGCACCAGAGGGAAUCAACGGCAGCAUAUGUGGGACCCAGGAAUCAGUGGAAAAAGUGCUUGGAUUCAUUCAAACUGAUGACCGCCUAAAGGGGCUUAGACAAGUGGAGUCACCGGUAAGUCCUGAGGAGGAAGCUAUUCAUCAUGGACACACAAGCAGUUCUCCUCUGGCAGCAGGGGAAGAUGCACCCUUCCGAUGGGAUCAUGUGAGAGUGAAACUGAAAAAAGAGAUUGUUUCUCUUGGAAUGCCUUCUGUAUCCCCUAUUGAAAGAGUUGGAAAGUAUGUAAACCCAAGAGAUUGGAAUGCAUUAAUCAGUGAUCCAGAUAUAGUUGUGAUUGAUGUCCGCAAUGACUAUGAAACUAGAAUUGGGAAGUUUAAGGGAGCAGUUGAUCCAUGUACCACAGCAUUCCGGGAAUUCCCAUAUUGGGUGGAAAAUCAAUUCCAGCUUACUGAACCAGAUGGUGAGAUGGAGUCUGAUGGUACAAUUAAACGUAAACAAAUGGAGAACCAAGAACAGAAAAUGCCUCCUCGAGUUGCAAUGUACUGUACUGGUGGAAUUCGAUGUGAGAAAGCCUCGAGUUUUCUUCUGAGCAAAGGAUGUAAAGAGGUUUAUCAUCUGGAAGGUGGGAUUUUAAAAUACCUCGAGGAAGUCCCAAAGGCAGCAAGCCUCUGGGAGGGUGAGUGCUUCGUGUUUGACAAGCGUGUGUCAGUUGAGCAUGGUUUGGUACAAGGCAAUUUCAAGCUUUGCUAUGGGUGCAAGCAACCAGUGAGUGACGCGGACAUGGAAGCUCCAGAGUGGGAGUAUGGGGUUACUUGCCCGUACUGUUACUCAUUGAAAUCUGAAGACGAGAAAGAGAGGGCAAGAGCUCGGCAGAGGCAAUUUGAGACAUGGGGGAUUAUUGGUGGUCCGGACAAGGGUCGUUCACCAGCGAGAACAGCCGAUGGGGUCGGCAAGAGUGUUACUGAGAUGUCAAAUUCAUUGUAGGGUUUCCAACAUUGAGUUCUAAGAUGGCGGUUUCUAUUAGGAAGAGGACUUACAGACUGAACUAUUUAACGGAAUCAACAGGUGAAUGUUGUAUGCAUCAAGCAACUGUUUUCCUACGUGAUAAUAUCCUCGUUUCUCAGGGUGAGAAAUGUCAUUUUCUAAACAAGUGAUGUUUUGAUGGUCGUUUGGCACCACGGCACUGCUAUUCAUAUCUUAUAAU